GUGUAAUCUUGGGUCAGAUAAGGGACUGGGUAUACACCACUGGUUGAUGUGUUCCCUCACACACACACACACACACUCUGGUCUACGCCAUGAGGGUCGCUUUCCUACUUCUGCUGACAGCUCUUGGAGCAUACGGCCAGACAUGCAGUGGCCGUUGUGGUGAAAAUGACCCAAAUAAUUCUUGCCAGUGCAACACUGAUUGCACCUCCUUCGGUGACUGUUGCAGCGACUACACUGACAUCUGCAUGUCAUGCGCGGACCGCUGUGGGGAAGCUUAUGUGUACUCUAAACCCUGCCAGUGCAACCCUGACUGUGGCACUCACGGCAACUGUUGCAGCGACUACGAUGACCAGUGUGGGGGAUCCGGGGGAGGUGUGACGGACGAGGAGCUGUGGGCGCUGACGGAGGACAUUUUUGCUGCCGAGGUGAACGCUGUGGGCGACCAACUGACCAUUGACGUGCAGGGAGAAGGCACCUCGGGCGACCUUGCCUCCGGACCACUGUUCACGUCGGUGCCGGCCUCUGCGCUGAACGGCCCCACCAUUAGCCUACUGAGGCAGGUACAGGACAACUACAUCCCACAAGUCACCACCCCCGAGGUUCAGACCGCCGCCGAGAUCGCCGAGCAGGACGCCCUCCUGGAUGCCAUGAUGAGUACACAGGUCAUGAAGAUCGCAGAGAGUUUCCUACUCGAUAAGAGCCUCCUGACCGGCAGCUUGAGGGACAAGCUGGACGAGAUCUGGUUUACGCUGUACACCAGGUCCGGCGGACCCGUCGGAUCCUCAGGUUUCGAACACUCGUUUGUUGGAGAACUUAAGAACGGAGAAGUCUCCGGCUUCCACAACUGGGUAAAUUUCUACAAAGAAGAACAAGAUGGUAAUCUUAACUACGAAGGCUGGUCAAAGGUCAUUAACCUCGGUACUAAGGCCAAGAUUAUAAUGGACCACUUCGAGUGGCUCUCUGAACCCAAGACCAUUGGGUCAAUGUUCAUAGGAACGUCGCCUGAACUGGAGUUAGCGACGUACACGGUGUGUUUCCUGGCGCGGCCCGACUCUCUCUGUCCAGUACAGAUGGAUAACCAACAGUUCCAUGUCCAGACGUGGACACUCGCCUACGACGGCAAGGUCCUCGUCGGCAGCGCUUACCCGGACAUUUAACUUGUCUUGUUUUCAGAAGAUGCUCUCUCAAACAUGUUUUAAGGGGGCAUCUCCCCCGAAAUAUUAAAGUUGUUGUAGGGUA